ACAUCUCUCUCAGAUCAGUACUCGCUCUACUUCACGGUUUGCUGGUCGUGUUUCUUUUUCCAGUGAAUUUUUUCACGACGGAUCCAGUGGCAUUUAUAAACGGCCUUUUUCUUAUUUGAUUUUCCUUUCCUUUGUGUCUUUUAGUCCAAUAUUAAAAUGUCUGAACCUAUCCGCGUUGUAGUGACUGGUGCUGCCGGUCAGAUUGCCUACUCGCUGCUUUACAUGAUCGCCAAGGGAGAUGUAUUUGGACCAAACCAGCGGUUGAUUCUGCAUUUACUGGACAUUCCACCGAUGAUGGGUGUGCUCGAGGGAGUUGUCAUGGAGCUGGCCGAUUGUGCGUUGCCCCUGCUAGCCGGUGUUGUUCCCACCGCAGAUCCAGCUGUGGCCUUCAAGGACGUUGCGUCGGCGUUUUUGGUCGGAGCCAUGCCCCGUAAGCAGGGCAUGGAGAGGAAGGAUCUUCUAUCCGCUAACGUGAAGAUCUUCAAAGUUCAGGGUGAAGCACUGAACAACUUUGCUCGCAAGGAUGUCAAGGUACUGGUCGUCGGUAACCCAGCCAAUACAAACGCCCUAGUAUGCUCGCACUAUGCUCCUUCUAUUCCGAAGGAAAACUUUACGGCCAUGACCCGUCUGGAUCAGAAUCGUGCUCAGGCCCAGGUUGCUGCCCGCCUCGGAGUUGGCAUUGCCAACGUUAAGAAUGUGAUCAUUUGGGGCAACCAUUCCUCGACCCAAUACCCGGACGCAAAGAACGCCACCGUCAACCUGAACGGUACCGUGAAGAGCGUUGUUGAAGCCGUUGCCAACAACGAUUACCUGAAUGGAGAGUUUGUCGAGACAGUGCAGAAACGUGGAGCAGCCGUUAUUGCUGCACGCAAGAUGUCUUCCGCCAUGUCGGCUGCCAAAGCCGCCAGCGAUCACAUGCGCGAUUGGUUCGCUGGGACCAAAGACGGAGAAUACGUCUCGAUGGGUGUCGUGUCCGAUGGUAGCUAUGGUACCCCGAAGGACAUUGUCUACUCAUUCCCAGUACAAAUUCAGAACGGUCAAUGGAAAAUUUUCCAGGGACUUACUAUCGAUGAUUUUGCCCGUGGCAAGUUGGAUGCUACCGCUAAGGAGCUCCUUGAAGAGAAAGAAGAAGCUAUGUCCGUGUGUGCCUCAGAUUGACUAACUAAACUUUAAAACACAAUGUUUGUAGAGACUUUACCCUUGUAUGAAAUUCAACGUUAUUGCUUUAUGUUAGCUGUUUUGUUUUGUAAUUGCGUGGAUAUUGUUUCUCCAAAAAUUUUGUUUUAAAUGUUGAAUACACGUACUAUAAAUUAAUCAUUGAAACUGAAUCAAACCAUUCAUGCCAGAAUUUGUAAAAUUUUAAAAUGAAUACUAAGUCUACGUAGGCGAAUUAUUACAAGAACUGUGUAGAUAUGAAAGUCAAUUGGAAGAUUAUAUUUUUUGUUAUUGAUUUGGCGUAGCCACAAAUAAACACGAAUUUAUCAACA